AUGAAGACUUCCAUCUCCUCCGAUGUAUGGGAGAAGAAGAAGGCGUUGAUCUCCAAGUUGUAUAUGGAAGAUGAAUGGCCCUUGAAGCAGGUCAUCAAGCAGAUACGUACCGAUGAUUUCAAUCCUAGUGAAACCCAAUUACGAAGUAGACUGAAGAAAUGGCGAGUGACCAAGCCAUCCCGUCAGACUCGAAAGAAGAGUCUGGCUUCAGCCUCUGGAGAAGAACAAGACUCAGACAAGGAUGCGAAGCGCAAAGCAUCCAUCCAAAGACCACUGCCAUCAUUACCAAGGGAAACACCAACAGCCCAUGAAUGGCCCAUGACACAACCCAUCUAUGGACAACCGUCCACCCUCCAACACCCCGUCCCAGACCAGGACCGGAAAUGGAGCUCUCCUAUGAUCCAACAACUCACCCCAAGCCCCUCCGGCGAGCACAUCCUCAUCCCAGACCGCACAACAGCCGUCUCUUACCCAGACCCCAGUCCAACAACAACAUCCUUCGACCACGCCACCUCCCCAAUCGGGGAGGGUCUCAUGCUGAACAUAACCUCCGCCGUGGCCCCGUCCUACCCAACAUACCCACUCUCACCCGAAUCGUGCCUCCCAAGUCCAGACACGGCAACGACGCCCGGCGGCAUUGGCUGGCCGCCCCGCGCCGUCUCAGUAGACUACGGCCUCAACCCCUCCCAGUGGUACUCCAUGCCCUUUGAAGCCAUCACUCCCCCAGCCGUCCCUCAGUCCACGGCUGCUCCCAUGGCACCUUCAGUCAACGGCUACCUCUCCCAAGGCCAGCUCUACCAUCCCCAGUACCACCACUACCAGGCAGAGUACCCUCAUGGCUAUGAUGCCAAGAGCUGGAAGCGCGCUAUGUCAUUACAGUAUGAUCUGGCCGGUCAUCCGGCUGCCAGGCCCGAACACGAUAGGAAGCAGAUGCUCCCGCAUACACAGCCUCAUGGCCAGUCGCAUCCUAUGGCGUCGCCGUCGCAUACCCAGCCCGCUGGGCCUCAUUCGGUCAUGUGUGCUCCGAUCAUGCCUUAUAUGGGCCAUGACCAUUAUGUGCAGAAGCCUCCGGGCAUUGGAUACUAG